AUGGGGGAUCGAGUGCGAUGGCUUGGCUUUGCCGGUGGCGAGCGUGAUUUCGGGCGCGGCCCAGGGUCGUCGUCACAAUGCUGGGCAGGAAAAUUGGUGAGUCAGCUUGCAGCACAGUGUAACUUCUCGUGGAAUGGCGACAACGGCGGCGCUGGCUCUCCUGCCUUCCUGCCGCUGCAUAUUGGCGAAACAGUGACCGUUGCAUGUACUUCUGAUGACUGGUGCUACGGGAGCAGUGUGGAGAGCGCUGAGAAGUACGGGAUAUUCCCGAGUUGCGCGGUCGUUGCAGCCGGCGAAUCCGUCCCAUCGGUGCCCAGUGAAGCCAUCGAAAUCGUGGAUGAGCUCACCGACGUACUGAAGGAAUGGUGGAACACCGUCAAAAGCACAUACUGCCAUCAGGCAAGGAUGGAGUGCCAGGACAAAGUACUGUUGUACAUGGAGGAAUUGAUGGGCAUGCGGAAAAAGAUUCUCUCUGGAAAUGUGCCAGUCGAAGAACUCAAGGAAAUGAGGACUGAAUUGGCGAGAAAGAUCGAUCUUGGCAAUCAAUGGCUGGGCCUGGACAUGCUUAUCCGUGAUAAAUCGGGCAAGAAAAUGGAUUGCGAUACGAAUUCUGUGAUACAGGUGUAUCGUGCUCAUGUGGAAACUGCAAAUCGAAUUCUCAGUGAUUCGAAACCGAAUGAAACACGUGGAGUGAGUGCAUAUUCGCUGCUGGUCCACGCGCUCUCUGCCACAGUGGAUGCGAAAUGCGAAUGUGAAUUCACGUUAUCCAUUUACAGUGUCAACGAAAAAAAAUUUAUCUCCGAGAACUUCGUGUUCUACUGGAGCUUUUCAACGGGUAACUUGAUGCAUCAUAACAGCAGAGCCUUGUUUACUGAUCUUGGCUGGAAAGAGUAUCCGUCACCACCGUCCGCAGCAAAGGAUCAUCGUCUUUUGUUGUGUAUUAGGGUUGCUCGUAUCGCGCCAAUAGAACAGACUUCUUCUACGCUUAAGAAACACUUUGAGGUUGGCCCGUCUCAGCAUUGGUCUCGGCAGGUUCAUGCUGCAGCAGUGCUCGACCUCUCGGACGUUAUCGCUGGAUCGCAUGGGUCAACAGAACAUAUUGUUCCUCUGAAUCGAGAUGAUUCGCUGGAGCAGCUGAUAGAUCGGGCCAGCGGUGCCAGGACAACAUUUGGACGGGCUCAGCUAAUGAUCUCGGUGGAAGUUCUUCCUGGCAGUUUGGCUCAAAUCAAGAAAAUGCAACCACAGAUUUUCUCUAGUGACCCACCGCGUGAGUUGAAGAAAUUGUCGUUUGCUGAUGUCAUUUCUGCAGUGGUUUACUUUAAGAGCAUCGAAAUCCUUGCUGCGGAUCGGGUGCAUCGUCAAACAACUUAUCGCAGUCUUGUUUUUUACCACGACGAUAAACCGAAGUGGAAUGAAACCAUCAAAGUGCAGAUUCCUGAAAACAUCGAUCAGAACAUUCAUCUUCGAAUAACAUUCCAUCACAAGAAAAGUUUCGAUAAGAUGAGGCAAGAAAAGGGUCCAUUUGCCCUUGCAUUUGCACGUAUCAUGGAAGGCGCAACCCUUAUAAAGGACGGGACCCAUGAAUUGCUUAUUUAUAAGAUCGACUCAGGACGAUUCGACGAUAGCGAUACGAGUUACACUCGGCUACCAGCUACACAAGGAGAACUUAAGGUUUCACAGUGUCAGCUGAGACCGCAAACAGCAGCUUUCGUUCACGGUGAAAAGAACUUUCUUACCGUUAAAACGAUUAGUGGCCAACAUUUCAGAAGUAACUUAAAGGAGCUGCUGGAAGAAAUCUCGAAACCGAGGAGCUUGACGAUUGGUGAAGAAUUAGUGAAAUUCAUCCCAAACUUUUGUGAUGCGCUUUUCGAAAUUCUUGACCACUAUCCUGGUUACGACAGCCUUGUUUUUGACGCAUUGGUUACUCUCACACAGCUUGUCAACGAAGAACGGUACAAAAAUUUUCGGCCGGUGUUAGAAAAAUACGUCGAAAACUUCCAUUCCACCGUGGCAUUUGUGUUGGUUUUCAUAUUCCUUGAAUUGAAUACUUCAAAUGACUGGAUGAUUUUCUUGUUCAGUGAUGCAUCAGAGUGCGCUCUGUUCUCGUGUAAACUGUUGCCGGUUCUUCGUGAACGAAUUGAGAGUGCAGAAGAGACGCAUGAAAGAUCACUGAAUACAAUGAAGAGUUUGGGCACGCUAAUCCAGUUGAUAGUAAAGUCCAAGUUGUGUAGUGACAGGCUUGGACUAACAUCCAACAAUUUCCGACAUCUCAUUAGUUUGCUUUUGGAAUCUUUCGUUACAUUUAUGCAAAACAAGCGAGUACGAAUGACUUGUCAGAAUAUGGCACUAAAACAUAUUCCAGCGAUCAUCCCUCAUCUCACUUACUGCUGUGUCUAUGACAGCGAAGAUCUUACGGAUUUCUUGGUACGACUGAUGGAUCAUCUGGGUGAAAAUAUAAGCUCAAGAUGCCGCUUGAAUUUCUUCCGGGAUGUUGUGCAAACAGAACACUUUAUUGAGGAGGAGAACCGGAAAAAAUUGUUGCCAAAGAUUGUGGAAAAAGUUGUGGAAGAGCUGGAGAAUUCGAAUUUUGUUUAUUUGCACGAUUUUGCUGCUCCCUCGCUGGAUCGCUCAAAAAUUGAUGAUUGCAUAACGGCGAGCGCUGACAUCAUGUUCCACAUCAUUGAGCGCCUUUUCUGCUCCACUGUCCGUUAG